UCUCUGAAACCGAAAAUAAGUCCCCAGUAGGAAAUUUGUGAUCGUUCAUGCAACAUGCAGAGAUCGUUGAUUUGUCUGUCGAUCGUUUUUACGUGCCUGAGUGCUAGCAUCUGGGCGCAACAAGGCGUAAAGGGUGGACACCGACCACGUCCUGCGAAUGGAACUCAUUAUCCCACUACUAAUUCCUCACAAAACGGACUUUGCUAUAAAACAUUGCCAUACAAUCAUGUCUUGGCUCUGAAUUCCAGUGGAUUACCUUACAAUACCAUUCCUCACCCACUCGGAGGCAGUCAUUCUCGUGACAAUGGUUGGAUCACAAUCUUGGACUGUUGUGACGGCUACGAGCGUAAUACGACGAGCGGUCUGUGCGAGCCGCACUGCGAUCGCGGCUGUUUCGGCGGUCGCUGUACAGGACCAAACGUCUGCAGCUGCGAGCCAGGAUGGCGUCCCGAGGAGGGCGUUUGUAUGCCCGUCUGCAAUUAUCAGUGUCAAGAGAACGCCUACUGUUUCUCUCCCGAGGUGUGCGUCUGCAAAUUGGGCUACGACGAAGUAAACGGUCAGUGCCGACCGAUCUGUCCCGACGGAUGCAGAAACGGAGAAUGCGUGGCACCACGUGUCUGCAGAUGCAGACCUGGAUUCGUUCAGAACGAACGCAAGGAGUGCGUAGCCGCUUGCGAGGGCGGCUGUCCACAUGGCACAUGCAGCGGGCCGGGUGUAUGCACCUGUAACGAGGGAUACACCAAUCCUACUGGUGAUCGCGAGUCCUGCGUUCCUCACUGUCCUGACGGUUGCAACGGUGGCGACUGCGUUUCUCCCGGAGUUUGUCGCUGCAAACCCGGUUACAAUCGUGAUCCGCACAGCGGCAAAUGUAAUCCGGUAUGUUCGCCGAACUGCAACGGCGGCGAAUGCGUCGCGCCGAACGUUUGCAGAUGCAGUCCCGGUUACACGCGCGAUCACACCGGCAACUGCGCGCCAGAUUGUCCGGACGGUUGCGACGGAGGCGAGUGCGUCGCACCUGGUGUCUGCGACUGCAGACCCGGUUACACGCGUUACAGCGGCAGAUGCGUCCCGUCUACCUCAGGCUCGUCGCAAUGCGGAUACGGAUACAGACUCGAUCCCGAUACCGGCAGAUGCGUACUUGCACCCACUUCUACCGUGCCGACGCAGGUCGAUGAUUGCAGAUACGGUUGCGGUCCGAACAGCAUCUGCGUUGGACACAAUCUCUGCGCCUGUCAGUCGGGAUUUUCCAUCGAUUCCGCCACCGGCAGAUGCAUCCCCUCGCCGACCUCCAACUCGACCUUGCAAUGUAGAUACGGUUGCGGAGCAAACGGGCGAUGCGUUGCGCCAAACCGAUGCAUGUGCGAUCCAGGAUUUCGUAACGAUCCUGAUACCGGUAGAUGCGUUCCGCAACUACCGGGAGGAGACAAUACGGAUCCCAAUUUAUGCCAGCAUCAAUGUCUAAAUGGUCAGUGUACCGGUCCGAAUGAGUGCACCUGCAAUCGCGGAUACAAGCACGAAGAUCGAGACGUCACGCGUUCCACAUGCGUGCCAGUGUGCGUAGGCGGGUGUCCAAACGGUGUGUGCACUUUGCCAAACUAUUGCAUAUGCAAUCCAGGAUACCGUAAGGAAGCCGGCGUCAAAGGCCGGCAAAGAUGUGUCCCGCAAGAAUCGACGCGAUAUGCGCUACACGCAUUAAUACGUUUUCAUCAAUUGUUUGCUCGAGAACGCAGUUUUAUAAACUUAGCAAUGAAAUUUUUGCAUAUUUUAUUUGUUCUUUUUUUUUUAAACAUUGCAAUAUUGCUUGUAUUUUCAGAACAAAUAGAAGAGAAACAUCCAGAAGGCAAAUGUUCCAAAAUAGUCAGUUAUCGAGUGUCCCGAAAUGUUCCGUAUUUCGAAACAUUUAAAGAAAGAGUACUUGGUAUAUUUUAUAAAACAAACACUCGGUGGAAUUACAGGAUUGAGUACGCUACGCAAUAUCGCAAAGAAUUCAUAUGCUGUAAGGGAUACUGGAUGAAAACUCGUUUCCUUAAUUAUAUACUGUGUGAACCAGACUGUCCAAGCACUUGCAAACAUGGCAGCUGCAGCAGACCAAACGAAUGCACUUGCAACGAAGGAUAUAGUUAUCCAGGAGAUCUAGUAAUGGAUUCUCUCUGUGUUCCUGUGUGCACUCAUACUUGCGUUCACGGCAAAUGUAUAGCACCUGAAGUUUGCUUGUGCGAUCCCGGAUAUUCAAUGAACUCUGUUACUCACACUUGCGAACCCGUUUGUUCAUGUCCCGAAGGAUCGUAUUGUUUGAAACCAAAUUAUUGCGAUUGUUUAGAUGGAUAUGUUCGCGCAGAUGCUGAUGUAACCCAGGAACUUGAUCGUAGCUUAUGUACACCUGUUUGCGAGAAAGAAUGUGUCAACGGCAAAUGCACCGCGCCUAAUAAUUGCACUUGCAAUAGUGGUUAUUACAAAUUUGAUUUAUUUGAUUCAUUUGUGUGCAUGCCCGAGUGCGACCACGGUUGCAACUUCGGCAAAUGCACGGCGCCCAAUGUAUGCACUUGCGAUCACGGCUACACUUUAAAAAGUCCGAGUGUGUGUGAACCAAUUUGCAGCGAGGCUUGUGUCAUGGGUACUUGCAUAGCUCCGGAAAGUUGCGAUUGCUUCAAUGGCUAUGGUCUACUUGAGAAUUCGAAGUACACUUGCGUGCCGAUCUGCGAAAAAAUUUGUCUCAAUGGCAAAUGUACCGCACCGGAUGUAUGCACAUGCAACAAGGGAUUCCGAUCAAGCGACGACGAGUUGGAGAAGCAUAUUUGCCAGCCUCAAUGUGAGAUUUCGUGCGAACCAUUUGGCGUGUGUACUGCGCCGAAUGUUUGCACCUGCUUUGACGGAUAUCGUCUGGCUGAUAAAGCGCAAACUAAUGAAUCUGAUAUACAAUAUUUCGCUCGGUAUGCACUUCCGGAUAACUCGAUAUGCAAACCUGUGUGCGACGCAGAAUGCCUUAAUGGAUUCUGUAGCGCUCCCAAUACGUGCAAUUGCUAUUACGGAUAUCAUCCGUCAGACGAUAAUGCCAAUAUCUGCGAUCCCACAUGUAGCCAGAAUUGCGUUAACGGCUUCUGCAGCUCACCUGAAAAUUGCACAUGCAACGAGGGCUAUCGUCCUUCGAAGAACACUUCUUUGAACAUAUGCGAACCUUUCUGCGAAAGCGAUUGCAUCAAUGGAUACUGCAGCGCACCGAACAACUGCACCUGCAACGCCAACUAUCGACCUACCGAAGGCAAUCGUACAAAUCUCUGCGAACCCAUUUGUGAUCCCAGUUGCAAAAAUGGUAUUUGUAUACGACCUAAUGUGUGCGAGUGCAAUCCGGGUUACAAUCAAUCGACGCACUCUACGAAUGAGUGCGAACCUGUCUGUCACCCGGCCUGUGGAACACAUGGAAUUUGUGAAGAGCCUGAUCGAUGUGUUUGCGAAAACGGAUAUCGUAUGGUUUACUACGACGACAAGAACGACACUUCGUUCGUGUGCGCACCGAUUUGUAAUAUCAACUGCGGCAACGGCACAUGCGCAGCGCCGGAUCUUUGUGCAUGCUUCGACGGUUAUCAGAAUGCAGAAACGGGCAGAUGCGAGCCCGUCUGUUCGAUGUGCAACAACGGCACGUGCAUCGCACCUGAUAUCUGCGAAUGCGACGACGGGUUUGUUCUUGAAGAAGCGAAAGUUGACAUCGAGGUAUCUGACAUCGAAUUAUCUGAAUUCAAAGACAGACAGGGCAAUGGAAGCAAAUGUAUACCGUAUUGCGAGAGCUGUGAUAACGGCGAAUGCGUAGCGCCGGGAGAAUGUCGAUGUCACGCCGGUUUCGUGAAGAUCGAAGGCACUUGCGUGCGCGCGUGCCGAAGUGGUUGCGGUACUCAUGGUAAAUGCAUCGACGAACGCAGGAUUUGUGAUUGUGAUUACGGAUGGACCGGUGCGCGUUGCGAUCAACCGACCAUAUGCGUAUCAAUUUUACACAACGUAGAAAAUCGUACUGAUCAAUUAACUAUUGUCGAGGAACAAUACAAUGUCACGAUCGGACAAAUAUUUAUAAAUAACCCAACAUGUUCCCAAUGCAGUGAUAAAAUAAAUAAUGAGACACUGUGUUUUAAAAUGUAUACCAAUGACACAGAAGAUGACACACGAAUUGGUUGUUUAAUAAAUGCAGAAUGUCUUGUAUUAAGUCAAUAUACAGAUCACAAGAAAAUUGCCAAACUAAGUGGAAUCGCAGGUGUAGGAAUAUUACUUCUACUUGGAACGGCAAUAACAACAUAUAUAUUACUACAAAAACGUCGAAAUAGAGAAAUGGGUAAUGAGCAGAUUACUGAUCAACAUAGUACAUCAAUGCAAGGACUGCUCGAAGGGAACACAAACACUUUGUAAUAGAAAAAAUUUACUGUAAUAAAUUAAUAAAACUAAACUGAUGAAAGAGAAUUUUUUAAUGCAAAAGUCUUUUUACUGUGGAAACGUAGUUUGGAAAAUUUUUGAUCUUGUAUUUUUUGAAUUUUGCCAUCGUCAUAGGAAUUUUCAGAUAAUAAAGGUUUGACAGAAAAUGAUACUUGCAAGUGUUUAUUAGUGUACCUGAAAAAAAUAUUUUAU